AUGAGACUAAUCCCGGCUGAAUCCACUCAUGACCUGCGCGUUGAUAAAGACCGACCCGUGGAUGUGAUUAAACCUUUAAAAAAUGCAACGGACCCCAAUGGAAAGGUGCCCCGUAUUAGACGCCAUUUACCGAUCAAGAAGAGAAGAGCCGAGAACAAGCCAUCUCUUACUGGACAAUCACCACUUAGAAACAUAAUGCAGUGGAAUACUGACCCCCGCGUACCGAGACAAAACAUAAUUGGGACAUCGAUCAGUCCCGGCGUACCGCUGUACGCUCGGUACUCACCAUGUAACGUCAUACCGAAUCAGCCGACAUAUUCGCCUUACCCAGUACCAGCGAGUGCCGUGAUGCAUCAGAAUCACCCGUCCACUUCUUGUUUCGUAUCGUCGGCCGCCCUGCGCAAUCCGAUCCAAAAGCCCAACAAUUUAAGAAAUCACCACCGUUAUGAUCCAUGCUUUUAU